GGGGGCGGGACCGGGAAGCAUUUCCGGGGGCGGGAGGCGCAGGCUAAGUCUGUCGCGGCGGCGACGGCUUGGACAGGCCUGGCGCCGGCGGCGGAGAAGAUCCCUUGGGUGGGGGAUGUGAGCGGUGAGCCCUUGGCAGCACUGAGCAAGAUUUGUGAUGAAAUGGAGCCUGGAACAAACUCUUUUCGAGUAGAAUUUCCUGAUUUUUCCAGCACCAUUCUACAGAAACUGAACCAGCAGCGCCAGCAAGGACAAUUAUGUGAUGUCUCCAUUGUUGUCCAAGGCCACAUUUUCCGGGCACACAAAGCUGUUCUUGCUGCUAGUUCACCCUACUUUUGUGACCAGGUACUCCUGAAAAAUAGCAGGAGAAUUGUUUUGCCUGAUGUGAUGAACCCAAGAGUGUUUGAGAACAUUCUGCUAUCUAGUUAUACAGGACGUCUAGUAAUGCCUGCUCCAGAAAUUGUUAGUUACUUGACAGCAGCAAGCUUUCUCCAGAUGUGGCAUGUGGUAGACAAAUGCACUGAGGUUUUAGAGGGAAACCCUACCGUCCUUUGUCAGAAGCUAAAUCAUGGCAGUGACCACCAGUCUCCAAGUAGCAGUAAUUACAAUGGCCUGGUAGAGAGCUUUGAGCUGGGCUCUGGGGGUCAUACUGAUUUCCCCAAAGCCCAAGAACUGAGGGAUGGCGAGAAUGAAGAGGAGAGCAUCAAAGAUGAGCUGUCAUCUCAGCUCACCGAGCACGAGUACCUGCCCAGCAACUCGUCCACAGAGCAUGACCGGCUGAGCACUGAAAUGGCGAGCCAGGAUGGGGAGGAGGGGGCCAGCGACAGUGCCGAGUUCCACUACACCCGGCCCAUGUACAGCAAGCCCAGCAUAAUGGCUCACAAACGCUGGAUCCACGUGAAGCCUGAGCGCCUGGAGCAGGCUUGCGAGGGCAUGGAUGUGCACGCAGCCUACGACGAGCACCAGGUCACUGAGUCCAUCAAUACUCUGCAGACAGAGCACUCGAUCCAGCCUUCAGGAGUGGAGGAGGACUUUCAUAUCGGGGAAAAAAAAGUGGAAGCAGAGUUUGACGAACAGGCUGAUGAAAGCAAUUAUGAUGAACAGGUGGAUUUCUAUGGCUCUUCUAUGGAAGAGUUUUCUGGAGAGAGGUCAGAUGGGAAUCUAAUUGGGCACAGACAGGAGACUGCUCUAGCAGCAGGCUACAGCGAGAAUAUUGAAAUGGUCACAGGAAUUAAAGAGGAAGCUUCCCACUUAGGAUUCUCAGCCACCGACAAGCUGUAUCCUUGCCAGUGUGGGAAAAGUUUCACUCACAAGAGUCAGAGAGAUCGACACAUGAGCAUGCACCUCGGUCUUCGGCCUUACGGCUGUGGUGUCUGUGGUAAGAAAUUCAAAAUGAAGCACCAUCUCGUGGGCCACAUGAAAAUUCACACAGGCAUAAAGCCGUACGAGUGCAAUAUCUGUGCAAAGAGGUUUAUGUGGAGGGACAGUUUCCACCGGCAUGUGACUUCUUGUACCAAGUCCUACGAAGCUGCAAAGGCUGAGCAGAAUACAACUGAGGCUAACUAAAAAUAGGAUCUGGCCCUUGAGUGGCAUGCACAAAAAUAAACUAUGGUAAUUAAUGCAAAUCUGGGCACAGAUGAUGCGAGCUACUUGCUAUUAUGAGAGAAGCUUAAAAAAAAGGAAGAUAUUUCUGAAAGACCAGCUCUAAGUAGGCCAAUUAAAAAAUCUAAUUCCUCAAAUUUGUAUGUUCCAGUCCUGGCCUGGAAUGGGUAAUGGGGGCAAGUUAGUCCGCUGCCCAGCUGGCAAGGUAAACCUUCAGGCCAGUCAUGAUUGAAGCAGGUGGAUUUAGACACCAGCGCUUGGAACUGGACUCCAGCCUACCAGUUCCAUUUCAUGUGGCAGCAGUUCUUGAUCACUCCUUAUUACGAGGUCAUGCUGAAAUUUUUUGCUCUUACUAUAGAUACUUAGGUAAUGUGGAUUUGUUCUGGUAGCUGCUUCACUGAAUGAAAUGCUCCUUAUGUAAAAGCUAUAAAUAAUGUGAUUCCUAGGAUGAGCAAUUGAUUAACAGAGCUCUCUUGUCUGGUUUUAUUCUUUCUAAAGGGUAUUUUAAGUAAAACUAUGGAGAUGCUAGAGGGUGACAUUCUAAGUAUGAAACAAAUAACUUAUGGUACUAGCUUCAAUUUCUGUAAGAUGCCACUAUUGUCACAAGGUGUUUCAAACUCUUGGUAAGGGAAAAUUUUGUAUUUUAGUACUAAUGUUGAGUUUGGACAGUUGUAUCUAAUUGUAAUUCUCUACGGUGCCAGAGAUAGGUAUUUCUAAUUGGCUUGUGGUCCCAAAUCCUGUUUGUUUAAUUGUAGCAUCCACACAGUGGGAUCUACUCUGCAAAUGGUAGGCAUCUGGCCUGCUGGGACUCUGACCACAGUACCGUUGACUGCUGCUGCCGUCGCUCUGUCUUAGGUCAUGGUGCUUCCCAAAGAGGACAGUCGGUGACCACAGUUAGUGGGAGGAAGCCAAAAGCUGUGGCUGGGAGUUACCUCUAAACUUUAGGAGUUAAUGGAGUGCCACAGUGACACUCCAACGAAUAGAGUGAGAGUUGUGGAGAAGCAGAAUUUUAGGAGUGGCAGGUUAUGCUUGAGAGAGGAAAAACUGCCCAAGAAAAGCGUCUUGAGAAUACACUGAUGGGGGAAAUACUCUUUAGAGAGGUACAGAGCUAAUCCUGCCAGCUCUUUAUGAGUGCUGGAAUGUGUUUUUAAAAGGGGAAAGAAGGAGUCCUAAUUUUAGCAAAGUAGUCUACAGAUUCAUGCUCCCAAGUCGUAGAUAAAGCUGCUUAAAUUUACAAGUCCACAUAGCUACACCUACCAAAAAAAACAAAAAAACAAAAAAAGCAGCUAUCCUUAGAUAUUUUCUGCUAUCAGUCAGGUUUUUUAGGCAAAAAAAAAAAAAAGCAUAUAUUCUGAAUGCUUUUAAGCUGUGUAAUAUACCUGAAGUUAUCAUCAGGGUAGGACAGGGUGCUACUAUUAUGUCAUCUUUUCCGUAAACUUUACUGGUCUGUUACUUCUAAGUAGAAACUUUUUUUCCUUAAAAUAAAAAUAAUUUUUCUUGGAUUUGGGGUGAAAUUUUGUUUUAAAAGUUUGGCUUUGCUCUAAUGUAGUAGACAUUGCUGGCAACAGUCUCUGAUUCUCAAGCUCCUAACACCAAGGUGUUUACUUAUUGAACAUUGUCUGGAAAGAUUAUUUACCAGUUAACUCUUGUAAUCAAGAUUACAAAACAGGGAUUUAUUCAAUAACACUGUAUCAUUCUCGAUAUAUAAAAAGCACUUUGUAUUUAAAACUUUAUUAUAAAUAUAUAUAUUGUUUUUUUUAACCUAGAAACUAGAUAUUACCUCUUGGUUGUUUGCCACAUUAAUAUCAUCUUCUCUUAGUUUUGAAACUUCACCAGUUGACAGUCCUUUCUCUGUGUACCUGACAAAAGUACACAGAGGUGACUGUACAAUCAAGCUCAAUUGCUCCUUCUCUCUUUCUCAUGUGAGAGGCCAAUGGGUUUUAGGAAUGAUCCUAGCCAUUAUGUGUGAGGAGAAAUUGUUUUAUGCCUCCUACUGAUUUCAGUACUAAGGCAGAGAAGCCAUUUUGUUCUGCCAAAAGCUGAUCACCUUCUCCUCUGGUAUUAGCAAAGCAUUUUCUACCUGUUGGGGAGGUUCAGUGUGCUGUUUCCCAUUAACGAUUAUAUUCGUAUGAGCCUUGGGACAUUUGGAGAGAAGAGUCUAAGAGGUAUAAAGCUAUUGUGGGAAAAUCAUGGUCCUUCAUUUAUGCUGAAAUCAGCAUAGUGCCCGUGUCAUGAGUCAUGAUGAAGAACGUUAAGCCAGGAGGGGUGGCCAGCCCUCGGGUGUAGUUUUGGAAGCAGUUGGUGGUGCCGGGACUUAUUUAAAUGUGCUGUGGAGAGAAGAGUAUGUUUUGUCGAGCUCCUUGUAUGUACAUCAGCUACUAAAUGUAGAACUUCAGUAAGUUUCUCACAUCUGCUGUUUUAAGUUUUUUGUGACAGUUGGGGUUUUGGUAAAAAUCGGGGUUGUUCAUUGGUUAGCCAGACCCUGUGAGAUGGUUGGGUGUCUGAAAUGCUGGCCAUGUUCAGAGAGAGGCAGGAGAAAGGAGAUUGCUUUGGUUUGGAUACUGAAAGUGAAUUUUUGUGAACUGUUUUUUACCUUUUUUCCUCUCCAUCCUGGGUUGGAGUGAGGGUCUCUCCCCUCAGCCUCAGUACAUCUUUAGAAAAUCUUUAUCCUUCCUAAUGAGUUUGGACAGUUGUGGGUAACAUUUUCUAAACAGCCUUUCAGGGAUCUUGUCAAUGGCCUACAAGUCCAAGGUAUUCGUCCCUUGCUUUGGGUCUUAACUGUGGUUUUUCUCCAAUCCCAGUUGGAAAGGGCUUCAAGGCACCACCAAUGGUAUUUAAUGUUUGUGCUUAUACCAUGCCUUUCCUUUUAGAUAAUCCUCUUGAAGUAGGUGUCAGUGUCUGGCUAAGGGAGGACUUCCCCUCCAGUGUCAUGGUUGCCCUCAGGCGCUGCUGGGCCCCAGCCUGUUGUUUCUAGGUCUCACCUUCCUCUCUGUCCCUUUUGGCCACUACUUUAAAAGAGUCUGCCCAAAAGAGUCCCCUCGUUUGUAGUGGGUGUUUGCUGAACUGAACUGACCCUAGGCUGGCUUCCAGCUGUUUGGGAAAGCUGCUUGGCCCCAGCGGCCACCCCUGCGGAGGCACCACACCCACCACACCCCGAGCUGCUGUGGAGGGGAGGCCGAGGCCCUGCACUGCAGAGCCACACUCUCCCUGGGGAGGGGGCUGUGCUGCAGCCCCCUAGGUGGCUUGGGGAGGAGCCGUCACAACAGCCCCACUGAUUCUGAGAUUUAGGUUGCUUUCCUGGGUGGCUUUGUUCAUUGAAACCAGGGUUUGUUGGGGUUUUUUUCUUUGCUACUUACAUAUUUGAAGGUACAAGUUUCUUAUUUCAAAUCUCUACUGAUAGUGCCCUAUGGGAAGAUGCUGGAACACAUUUUGCAAAUGUGACCUUUUUUAGAAGAAUUUUCUGCUUGAAGCCUGUGUCAUGUUAGUUGCUGCUGCCUUCUUUCCUUUUAUGAGGUUCCCAAUGUUUCUUCCAGAAAAGUACUUUAUUUAUGCAAGUCAGGUGACUCUUUGGCCACAAAACCAUUUGAUGAUAAACAGAUUAUCAUUAGGUGCAUAUCUUAUUGAUAUUUUGUGAAAUGUUAUGCCUGUGUUGCAAAAGUUGAAUAGUUUUGUCUUUAUAUAUUGCUGUCUUCAGUGUACAGCAUGGUUUUACUUAAUUGAAUGUUACUGUUUAAUAUUUUCUUCUUAUAGAAGAGACCAUGCCCUUUUGUAUGACAUGUUUUAAUAAAUGUUAUCUGUCAACUUUGUAAAA